ACUCUUCUUCUUCUUCUUCAGAGUUAUCGGGAGAACCUCAGACAUGCUCUGCUCCGAUCUUAACCUUCGUCUGAAUCUCAUCAUCUAUCUAUUCAUGUGACCCGAUUUGUUCGUGUAUUGUAAUAAUAAGUGAAUCCGUGGGAGCGGAGCUAUGCAGCUUUCUAUGGAGCUUCCUGUUUUCUCCACUCUCCGAGUACCAUUGUUCUCUCGUUUAGCUCUCGUUCCUGCUUUUGGCAUUCCGUUUUCGUCCCAUGGCGCUACGGCGCGAUUGAAAUGUACGGCUCGAAAGGCGCGUCGGGUUUGUGUGACAUGCUUGGUGAGGGAUUCGGCUCGUGUGGAGACGUGCGAGAGAGAUGAGCAUGGAGCUGAGUUCAUUGAGGUCGUUGUCAUCGGUAGUCGCAAGGAGUCUAUCAUAAAUUCUUGCUUGGAUUCUCCUUUUCCUUCUCUUCCUCUCCGCUUUUGGAGUAUUAGCAAAGACAGCUCUGGAGAUUUAGUGUUACAGCAGCGGUCCAAUCAAGAAGAUAAUUUUUCCAAGACCAUGAAUUCAAUUCAGCUGAUACAAUCACGUCCAAGGGCCUUCAUCCUUGUGGCUAGUGCUGGAUAUGGUUCUGAUCAGGUUGAAGCUAUGAAUAUUCUUGCUGCAGUAAGAUCUGGUGGUAACUUAGCUGUUGCUGUGCUGUUAAAGCCUUUCAGCUUUGAAGGCCGAAAGCGUCUAGAAGAGGUUAACGAAUUGGCUAGAAAACUGCAGCAACACACCAAUUUCUGUAUAGAUAUCGACAUAGAGGUUUUACUACAGAAGGAUUUGGUAACUUUGGACGAGGCACUGAGAAAUGCAAACAAUGCUGUUUCCAUGGCAAUAAAUGCAGCUUCCGCUCUGAUAAGUGGGAUACAUGGAAACUUCAUUGGCGUGAUGGAUAAAGAUAUUAAAGAACUGGAAAGUUCAGAAGUUACAACGAUUCUAGAAAGCUACAAAGAGGCAAAGGUUGGUUUUGGAGUUGGCCACAACCUUAAGACUUCGAUUUUACGAGCUAUAUAUGACUCCCCAUUCUUUCGUCCUGGUAUAAAGGAUCUAAACGCUAUUAUAUGCAUUAUGGCUAGUUCGGUGCCUCUCCAGAAGAAGGAUGUGAAAACAAUUCUUCGUACUUUUCGUCAAACAAUGGAGUACACUGGAGAUAUUAUAGUAUCUACUGUUCAUGAACCUGAUUUGGAGCCUAAAGUGCGUGUCACAACGUUUUUUAUUAGAAGUUCUUCAGAAGAGGAAACUUCCAACAAAGGCAACAUUUUUUCUGGUCUUGUUCCUUAUGUUUUAAAUAUCUUCACGAGAUAUCGUUCACAGCUACAAAGAGAAACUAAUAGUGGACUUAAAGAGGUGCCAGUUUCGAUUAAAGAUUCAGCAGACCCUACUGACUUAAAAAGAUCCAGUCAGAAAGUUAAAGGAUUUGAAAUCGACUCUGAGGACCUCCUCGAAGUUUCUGAGAACAGUGAUAGUGAAUACCCAUUAAAAGAGAGAGAACCAUCCAUAGACAGUCGAUUGGAGCUCGAAGAUGAAAAUAUAGAAGAUUAUGGUGCUAUCCAGAGGGAGCCAAUUGCUAAUUGGAGUAUGGAUCCGGGAUAUCAGAAUGAGCAGAAAUGGCCAGCUAAUUCUGGAGACACUGCAGUGCUUAGCCUGGGUAUUGUCAACCUUCCUGUUGGUGUGAGACAUUCAAAGAAUUUGAACAGUAGUCUAAGUGUCGCCAGCCAACCCUCGAGGAAGGCUGAUUCGAGAGAUGAAUCAUUUUUCAACCCUGAUGGCUCGACUAAAGAACCUAAUGAUACUGCAUCUGGCCUGCUAGCUGAGAAAUAUGCUGAUUUUACAAAGCAAAAGAAUUUAUCCGCUCGAGCAGCAUCUAUGCUGGAAGCUGAACGAGAUUCAUCAAAAAGAUGGAGUCCUAUUCUGGAGAUGCAGUACAGAGGAGGACUGUUCAAGGGAAGGUGCCAAGGAGGUCUUCCCGAAGGAAAGGGUCGUCUGGUACUUGGAGAUGGAAGCAUAUAUGAUGGAAUGUGGCACAACGGUAAAAGAUCUGGUCUCGGAACAUUCUACUUCAAGAAUGGAGACGUAUUCCAAGGCACAUGGAGAGAAGAUUUAAUACACGGAAAGGGGUGGUUUUAUUUCCACAAAGGUGAUCGAUGGUUUGCAAAUUUCUGGAAAGGAAAAGCCAGUGGCGAAGGCCGGUUCUAUUCGAAGUCGGGUGAGAUAUUCUUUGGACAUUUCAAAGAUGGAUGGCGGCACGGGCAGUUCCUCUGUAUAGACGUGGAUGGAACAAGAUACUCUGAGAGUUGGGACGAAGGCGUUCUUAUAGACCGGAAACAAGUGGACGCCGAAGAUUAAUUAUUUCCGACAAUGUUGUACAGAUAAACCUUUGUCCUUUCUCAGUUUCUCGGGUUAUUAGGACAAAACGUAAAUUCAUAAAAAGUGUUCCUUUGACUUAACUCCUUAUUAGGCUCUUUGAUUAGGUAUGAAAAAGGAAACAAAUAUACUUACGAAGUUACCUGACUUUUUCAUUUC